AUGAACUACGGACAAGUGGAGAAGGAAGCAUUGGCCCUGAUAUUCGCUGUCACCCGUUUCCACAAAAUGCUGUAUGGACGACACUUCCUCCUGCAAACCGAUCAUCAACCGCUACUCAAGGUUUUCGGCUCAAAGAAAGGUAUUCCUGUUUACACAGCAAACCGUUUGCAGCGCUGGGCCUUUACACUUCUGCUGUACGAUUUCGACAUCCAACACGUUUCAUCGACGAAUUUUGGCUAUGCAGAUUUUCUAUCCCGGCUAAUGUCAUCGCAGCAUAGACCAGAUGAGGAUUACGUCAUAGCCGCCGUGUGCGUCGAAUCUGAAGCAAAAGCAGUUCUCGACGACACCAUCAGCAACCUUCCAGUCACGCACCAGAUGAUUGUGGCUGAGACGCGAAAGGAUCCAGUUCUUCAGCAAGUGGUGAAUUUCCUUAACGAAGGUUGGCCAGCAAAUGCGAAGCAAGUUGCUGAUCCUGAUGUCAAGAAGUUCUUCGCCAGACGAGAUGGACUUCAAGUUGUCGACAACUGCGUUAUGUUCGACGAUCGAAUCGUCGUCCCAUCAAAGUUUCGAAAGCGGAUCGUUCGUCAACUGCAUCGUGGACACCCAGGAAUGGACCGAAUGAAGUCUCUGGCCCGAAGUUACAUCUACUGGCCUAACGUUGACGACGAUGUGGAGCAAUUUGUCCGUCAGUGCACUGCAUGUGCUGAAGCAGCGAAGUCCCCGACAAAAGCAACCUUGGAGUCAUGGCCUCUUCCGGACAAGCCAUGGCAACGUGUCCAUAUCGAUUUUGCUGGUCCGAUCCAUGGAUACUACUAUUUCGUCAUGGUAGAUGCUUUCUCUAAGUGGCCCGAAGUUUUUCGCACUCAAUCCGUUACCACAACUGCAACCCCGAAUAUGCUGCGUGAAACGUUUUCUCGUUACGGCAACCCAGACACAUUGGUCUCAGACAACGGAACUCAAUUCACCAGCGAGCAGUUUCAACAGUAUUGCCGUGCAAAUGGUUUCACCCAUCUCCGCACUGCUCCCUACCACCCGCAGUCCAACGGCCAAGCGGAGCGAUUCGUAGAUUCACUCAAGCGUGGCCUCAAGAAGCUAGCCAAGGGGGAAGGAUCAGCCACACUGGAGCACAUGCAGACAUUCCUUUCGGCGUAUCGUUCAAUCCCAAACCGAAACACACCGCAGUCGACGUCUCCAGCAGAAGCAUUCCUGGGAAGACCAGUGCGCACCACUUUGGGCCUACUGAAGAAACCUGUUCCUGUAACUGAAGCUGUCAAGAACCACAAACAAAACGAACAGUUCAAUUGGCGGCAUGGAGCAGUCAAGCGCGAGUUUGAAGAAGAUGACCUGGUCUACGUUGAACAGCAUCGCAGAAACGCCAAGUCCUGGAUUCCUGGUUGA